GGGAAUCCGAGCCUUCGGAUCCAUCGAUCCGCAGCCGCCAUGGGCAUUCCUCUUUCAACCCGGAUGCUUCUCUUCCCUAUUCGGCAACCGGGAGGCUCGGAUCCUCGUUCUUGGCCUUGACAAUGCGCGGAAAAAAACCACCAUCCUUUAUGGGGAAGUAGUUUCCACGAUCCCAACGAUCGGAUUCAAUGUGGAGACGGUGCAAUACAAUAAUAUUAAGCUCCAAGUUUGGGAUCUAGGUGGGCAGACAAGUAUCAGGCCCUAUUGGAGAUGCUACUUUCCAAACACUCGAGCCAUUAUAUAUGUUGUUGAUUCAAGUGACACUGAUAGACUGGUGACAGCUAAGGAUGAAUUUCAUGCUAUCCUAGAGGAGGAAGAGCUAAAAGGUGCAGUUGUCCUCGUAUAUGCAAACAAGCAGAAUCCAGGUAGUCCGGCAUCAAAGUACAGUGAGUUGCUUGCAAGCCACCGGUUGCAA